UGUACUUCACAUAACUUGUUUUUUUUCCUCUGAUUUUAAACCUGCCUCAAGGCACCUCACCAGUUGUGCUGCAUAUACUGACCCAUGGAUGCAAUUGCAGUGGGUACCAGAUACCCACCCUGUUGUAUAUUGGUUAUUAACUAGCAGUGGGAGCCUUGGCGCUUCUCCAGACUGUGUUCUGUUUGGGUCAAGGUCUCGCUCUGGUUUGUUUGAUAUUCACUUUGAAAUGUUGGAUUAUUACCUUGUUAAAGGAAGUGGAGAAAAGUCCUCUCAAGCCUCUGCAAGCCCUGCCAAAGCACACAUUACUAAUGUGGUGAUUAGGACAGAAACUUCCAGUACUACAGCUGAAAUUGGCACCAGCUCCGGUUGUAGGUUUGAAAUAUAUUUGUCGCAUCUACAAAACUGAAGAGUGAAGAAAGGAAAGCCAGGAAAGCAUAGAAAGCAUCAGUAAUUGGCAGCUUCAGAAGACACAAGAGCCAAUCUAAUACCAUCCAAGAUCUUGCCUUUUUUCUGGCUUCCCCAGCAGAGCUCGCAUACACUGAAAGACAAACAGUAAAUCUUGAAGGGAGCAAGGAUGAGAGGAAUUAGGUGACCUGAGCUUCACAGGACAAGAAGGCUCUGAGCAGCUUGGUCUGAGUGUCCCUCUACUUCCAGAGGCAGGUGAAUGAGUGAAGAGUGAAUUUGCACUUUAGAGAGCAGCGAAGACCAUCUUGCCAUGAAACCAUUCACAGAUGAAGAUGUAGAAAUCUACAUCCAGAGCAAGGUGGAACGGCGACAUUAUCUGGUUUCCAAAGCAGUGGAGGAGGUGCAGAAAAUCAUCCAGCAACUGACUGCAGAAAUCAGCUAUAAGGCCACACGAUUCCAGGCUAUCUCCAACUCUGGCAUUCACAAUGAGAAUAUUAAGGAUCAGCCAGCUUUACUGGCCAAGUGGUCAGCUAUGCUUCGCGGGAAGCGCCCAUUCCACCCAUCUAUCCAGGUCUUAGCGCCCAGCCAAUUCCUCAUCACAGUCCCUCUGCGUGGCCUGACCGGGUACAGGGAACGCCAGGUACGGCACUGGCGUUAUUACACCGUGCAUGGAGCCAAGCUCCUCUCCUCCGUGCGGGACCCUGAGGAAUUGCAUCAAUGGCUAGAGGUGGAGCAGUUCUCAAAAAGCCUUCAGCAGUGGCAUGAAACAGAUGUGAACAUCGAAGGUGAUCUGGUUCCAGCCAAAGUCCUUAUCGUCUUCCGGGAGCUGGUGGAGAAGUCGAUUAUCUCCUGUAACCUCUCCAGUAAAGUGACGGUGCUGGAGAGCUUCAGCUCAGUGGUCCGGGUGGCUGUGGAGACAUCAGAAUCCCAGGUCGAGGUGGAGCUGGUCCCUGCAGUGGAGAUUCCAACUUGCUGGCCCGAGAAAGCCCGAUGGCCUCGUUGCCUUAAGCGUUGGCCUUCCCAGGAAAAAGUGCAAUGCAUCAAGUCACUUGGUUUCGACCUUUUGGCCCGCUCCAAUUAUCACUGGCAGCUGUGCUUCUCCCGUGCUGAGCAUAUACUCAUGGAAGGCCUCGAUGAAGACGGUGGUUGUCGCAUGAAGUGCUUCAGGGUCAUGAGGCAGAUGAAGGAAGACGUCUGGUGUGCUGGAAAUAAGCCUGUCAUCACAGCUUAUCACCUUCAGACAGUGCUAUUCUGGACGUGUGAAAAAUACCCACGCACCAAGGAUUGGCGCUGCUUCCCCGAAGCCUUCCUGAGGCUGGUGCAGAAGCUGCACAAGUGUGUAAGCCAGCACUUCCUCAAGCAUUACUUUGUUAAGAACACCAAUCUGCUCAAAUAUGCCAACACCAGUGACCUGGACUUGGUGGCCAGCAAGCUCGCUGUCUUCUUGGAGAACCCUGUCUUCUGCCUAGACUAAGGCAGGAAAAGGCCUCCUCACCCCAAGGCUGAGCAGAUCCCUUGCCUCCUCUCCCCACCUGCGGUUGUUCUUCGUGUCCUUCCAGUACAUGUUGCAGCUGGCUUUGUAAGACAGUUGGCACAUGCAGCGUGAAAGAGAAGUGUCAAGCUGGCAGCAGUGGGUGGUGAAAACUGAUGGGAGGUAUCGCUUGAUGCCCAGCUGAUCUAAUUUGCUUUCAACAGUGACAGCCUGCCUGGAAGCUACAGCCGGUGAAACCCAACUUUCUGUGUCAGUCAGAGCAGGCAACUGCCUUGUUCUCCAUCUCUAGUCUUGUGGCACCCAAGCAGAACGUUGGUGCAGGGAAGUCUCGCUCCGCUGCCUACCUGCUGUGUAACCUAGCACCUAUAUUGUUGCUGCCACCCCCUUUCUCAUAAGGACAGUGGGUUUAAUUCCCUGCUUGCCUCACAGGCCAGCUCUGCAGAAGAGCAGAAGAACAUUUCUGAAAUGUACUGAAGCUGGAAGCUUUCUCAGAGGCACUUGGGUGCCUCCAUCUCCAAUUAAAUGGGAUCCUGCUCCCGUACGAAGAUAGCCAUGCAGCUAGUGUUAAAUAGCUCAAGGGAAGCAAGAGGAGGAAUGAUGUUUUUUGCCGCCUCCUCGUUUUUCUCUCCUCUUCCAUUUUUCUUCCAGUUGCUUCAAAUAUGUUUUCCUCGUGUUUGCCUUUGCCAGUUGUGUUAGUGCCAUACAACCAGGGGGCUUUGCCAGAGCAGAUUUCACUCCCACCCCUGGCUCCAUCCAGCAGGCUGGAGGAGGAGCAGGUCUUUCCCUAGUUGUUUGCAGCCACAUAUUUUUAGGUGGUGUACAGAAGGAGAUUAUUUUUCAAAGGUUGUUAGCUCCAAAAACCCCAGUGCUUUUAAUAUUAUGGAUGUUUAAAAAGAAAAUCAGUUUUAGUGUUUCAAAA